GAAAUAUAUAGCAACUCAUCUUCUUCAUUGCUUCUAAGCCAUGGCGCCUUAUGAGACACAAUUCUGCGAGCAUUAUAUGCUGCUUAACCCAGAAGAUGCAAAUUUACGUGAUCUCGUUCGCUUUCUGCUUUUUUCUACAUUAGAAACUUGUAGAUUCAUCCAGCGCACGAAAGAGGAAAAGGGAGAUUUUUGGCGCCGAUGGUACAUAUGCAACUCCCUCUUUGCACAGAAACUCCUCCUUUUCUGGGGAAAGCCCAUGGUUCAGGUAGGGUAUAUGCUGGAGCUGUGGUUGAAUCUUCUUUUACGAAAUGGGGGAUUUCUUAUGCUGUUGUCAAAUCUCUUAAAAGGAAACGCGGUGUGGCCGGAUAGUUUAUCGGCGACGUUCACAUCUGUGGUGGGAAUUCUUGAUCAAAGAGUGAAAUUAGACAAAAACAUUAAAUCCGGUGACCCAAAAUAUAACGCGUCCCUCGCUGUGAUGGCCUCCAAAUUGGCAUACGAAAAUGAAGCGUUUGUACAAACCACAGUCAGAGAUCAGUGGAGUAUGGAAUUCUUGGGGUUCUAUAACUUCUGGAAUGAUUACCUAGGACAACCUUCAACUCAAGCCAUGAUGUUCCAAGAUACAAGAGCUGAUCAACCUAACCUGAUCGUGGUUGCAUUUAGGGGCACCUACCCAUUCAAUCCAAUAGCAUGGCAGACAGACGUUGAUCUCUCGUGGUUUGAGCUUGAAGGCGUAGGUAAGAUUCAUAGUGGCUUUAUGAAAGCUCUCGGCUUGCAAAAGGACAAAGGUUGGCCCAAAGAAAUAGAGCAAGGAAGUAACCAACGACAAUUUGCUUACUAUGAAAUCAGAAAAAGGCUGAGAGAAAUAUUGCAAAAGAAUGAGAAUGCGAAAUUUAUAUUAACGGGACAUAGCUUGGGUUCAGCGUUAGCGAUUCUGUUUGUGACUGUUCUAACAAUACACGAAGAGGCAUGGUUGUUAGAUAAGUUGGAGGGGGUGUACGCAUUUGGACAACCAAGGGUGGGAAACAAGCAACUUGGGGAUUACAUGAAGGAGAAGUCGAAGAAGUAUGAUGUAAGAUAUUUGAGGUAUGUUUACUGCAAUGACUUGGUGCCUCGGAUCCCUUAUGAUGAUGAAAAUCUCUUUUUUGAGCACUGGACGCCAUCCCUCUACUACAAUAGCCUCUAUAAAGGGAAGGUUCGAUACGAGCCGAAUAAGAACUACUUCGCAUUAUUAUGGGUUAUUCCGAAGCGUGUAAAUGCAGCUUGGGAGCUGCUCCGGAGUUUCAUUAUCCCAUAUAUAAAGGGUCCGGACUACGAAGAAAGUUGGUUAAUGAAAAUUAUUAGGGUGGUUGGAUUGGUAAUUCCUGGAUUAGCAGCACAUUGUCCUCCAGAUUAUGUUAAUGUUACCAGAUUGGGGUCCAUAGCUCUAGACCUCAAAGACCCAAUUCACCAAAGAGAUUCUCAAGUUGAUUGACACGCGCACUAGAUAUCAAGGUGGCAUAUCUUUCAAGUUUUUGUUGGUGGCAAUUGACAAUUUCUUCUUAGA